AGAGCUAGUCAGAAUGGCUCCGAUUCUUCAUCACUGUUCUGAAUCAAUAGCUAGAGCAAGCUCCAGUAAUUCAGAGCUUUAAUAAGGAAAGUCGAUUUUGGAAUACAAAUGUGGAUCAUAUUGACAACUACUCUCGAAUUGCAUUUUGCAACGCUGGUACAAUGGGAUGGCUCUGCCUCUGGAUCAACUUUUUCUUAAACCCAAGCUUGGCUGGACUAGUAGCUACAUAUCGUUUCUAAACGUGCUUCAAGCACGGGAGAUAUGGAACCUCUGUAAUGUGGAAAAUAAAAUGAUAUGUGUGGAGAGGAUCCUUCAGUUUGCUGGCAUACAAAGCGAAGCUCCUUUGGUCAUCGAAGAUCACAGGCCAGGGAUGGAUUGGCCUCGUAGUGGAGAGAUCAACGUUGAGAAUCUCCUUGUGCAAUACAACCUCAUUCUUCCCGAAGUUCUCAAGGGAAUCAGCUGCACCUUCCCGGGUAAAGAGAAAAUUGGUGUUGUGGGAAGAACUGGAAGUGGCAAGUCAGCUCUCAUCCAAGCACACUUCAAAGUGGUCGAACCUUCACAGGGACGUAUUCUGAUAGAUGGAGUUGAGAUUUCAAAGUUAGGCCUACAGGAUCUGAGAUCAAGAUUGAUUAUAAUUCCACAAGAGUUUCAAGGGACGUUGAGGAUGAAUUUUGAUCCUUUGGAAGAGCACACUGACCACGCGAUACGGGAGAUAAGAAGCCACCCAAAUUUCCUUUGCCAACAUUUAAAUGAGAGAAUUCUUGACUUAUAGAUGUUGCAAUGUCCUAUCGUCAUUGUGAAUCAACUUACUCGAUUCAGGAUCCGGCUUGAAGGGGUGGAGUCGAAGAACGACAAAGGUGCAUGAAAUACAGAUUUCAUCAUUCCAACGAAAUUACACUUGGAAGUCACCAUAGCAAGAGUUGACAAGAGAAAUGCCCUUCCCAAAACAAACAAGGAGCUUGCACCAGAGAGUAAAGCAAACAUACCAAUCAACUGCUUUUUCGUCACGAUUUCUUCCUUUUCUGAUGCCCACGCGAUCCAGUAGUUGCUACCCAUCUGCAACAACUAGAAUAAUACAUGGAAUAGCAGGGUGAUUGGAACAAGAGCUCCUUUAUAUGCAGCUGUCACAAAGGCUGCAUGCAUAUGCGCGUCAUUUUACUCUCCCACUCUCAGCUUCUUUGUGCAUACACACCUUUGAAACUCUGUUGCUUCUGGUAUGGUCGAUGGAUUUUACUUCACAAGCUUCUAUGCAGUUAGCAUGGCGAUGCUUCGUUGAGGGGUUUUGACUUGAAAGAGGUCAGUUGAUCUAAAGAUUUGUGGGGGGCUGCCAAUCAAUCUCCAUAAGCCCACAUCUCAAUAUCAUGGUUCAGAGCAUAUGCUUCCACCACAUUUUCGUAGAAAGAUCUAUCCGUAUCCUUAUCAAGCAGUACGUUGUCUCGAACUGUGCCAGUUUGUAUCCACGCACUUUGAAACACGAAAGCCUGUGUAAGA